AAAAAAACUUCAUGCUCCCUCCGGCACCAUUUCCUCAGUCCCCACCAUCCACCAUGGGCUCUAAAACUCCACGAUCGUCGGAGAAUCUCACAGGGACCACUCUCCUCGGUAAAUACGAACUCGGUCGCCGGCUCGGCAGCGGUAGCUUCGCCAAAGUCCAUGUGGCUCGUUCCAUCGAAACAGGCGAGCUCGUGGCCGUCAAAAUCAUAGACAAGAAGAAAACCGAAGAAGCCGGUAUGGGACCGAGAAUAAUCCGAGAAAUCGAAGCGAUGCGCCGUCUCCACCACCACCCAAACGUCCUCAAAAUCCACGAAGUCAUGGCCACCAAAACAAAGAUCUACCUCGUCGUCGAGCUCGCCACAGGUGGAGAGCUUUUCGAGAAAAUCCUCCGGUUCGGCCGGCUCAAUGAACCGGCGGCGCGUCGUUACUUCCAGCAACUCGCCUCCGCGCUCACUUUCUGCCACCGUGACGGAAUCGCUCACCGCGACGUGAAGCCGCAGAAUCUCCUUCUCGACAAGCAAGGAAACCUCAAGGUCUCCGACUUCGGCUUAUCGGCUUUGCCGGAGCACCGUAGCAGCACCGGGAUGCUCCACACGGCUUGCGGCACGCCGGCUUACACAGCGCCGGAGGUAAUCGCUCAGAGAGGAUACGACGGCGCGAAGGCGGAUUCGUGGUCGUGCGGCGUCUUCCUCUUCGUUCUCCUCGCAGGUUACGUUCCUUUCGACGAUUCCAACGUUGUAAUGAUGUACAGGAAGAUCCAGAGAAGAGAUUACAAAUUCCCUCACUGGAUCUCGAAACCGGCUCGAUCGAUUAUCUACAAGCUUCUCGAUCCGAAUCCGGAGACGAGGAUGAGUAUCGAAGCUGUGACGAAAACCAAUUGGUUUAAAAAAUCGCUCAAAAUCUCUGAAUUUCAAUCUAGUGUUUUCGAAAUUGACGAUCGAUUGGGGAAAUUGAGCAGUGAGUCGAUGACGGCGUUUGAUUUGAUUGCGUUGUCGUCGGGAUUGGAUUUAUCGGGGCUGUUUCAGAGGAGGAGGAGGAAGGAGAGGAGGUUUACGGCGAAGGUUUCGGCGGAGGAUGUGGUGGAGAAGGCGAAGAAGAUUGGGGAGAAUUUAGGGUUUAGAGUGGAGGAGAAGAGAGAGGCGAGAGCUGUGGGAUUGGAGAAAGGGAGAACGACGAUGGUGGUUGAAGCGGUGGAGGUUGUUGAAGGGUUGGUUGUUGGGGAGGUGAAGGUGGCGGAAGCGGCGGAGGAGGAGAAGGAGGAGGAGGAGUCUCACUGGUCGGAGCUAAUUGUAGAGCUUGAGGAGAUUGUGCUCACAUGGCACUAUGACGAUGAAGUAGCUGAUGAGAGUGUUGAAAAUGAGUUAGCUUAACUUUCAAGGUUCAUUUUUUUUUUUGUAAAUUAGGGCAGUCAAUUCGGAGUUGGGAAGGA